GAUUUUCUAUAACUCUCUUCCUUAUCAGCGAAUACUCUUACUCACAUAUUAACAACUUACAGUUGUGCAUAACUGCAUUCAGACUCAGAGUAUUACUCUACUUUAGAUGGUGCAUUUAGGAGCGGGCGACAUUUCAUUAUUUAUCUCUAUAAAAUGGAAUCAUCACAUUCAUAACUUCUUAAUCUGAAUAACUAAAUGGAAAACAGUGACCAAGACCCCCUUCUGGUUUCAGAAAAUACCAGAAGGAGAAAAAAAUCUUAUGGGACAAGCUCACAACAGGAAGUGAAGAAUUUUAAUUCAGGCAAUGAAAAUGGGUUUAAAGAUGAUAUUAAACCUAUACUUGAUGAGAUACAUUCAUUGAAAAGAUCAAGUAGAGCAAAUGAAACGGUGCCUAUUGGUUCGUUAGAUGUUCUUUCAGUCAAAUAUGAGAGUUUGGAUUAUGAUAUAUGUGAAAAUCGAUUAAUGUUAGAUGAAGAAAGGAACAAAGGCUACAGUUAUUACAUUAAAAAAUUAUUUAUGAAAUGGAUUAUAUUUUUUCUCAUCGGUAUGUUAACUGCAUUAAUUGGAGUAUGUAUAGACAUAUCAAUUGAUAUUAUUUCUACAUACAAAUAUAGUGUUAUUAAGAACAAUAUUGAUCAUUGUGUGACUGAAGACUGCCUACAUGUGCCUUUUUUUAUAUGGGUUGGAAUGAAUGUUGGAUUGGUAUUUGUAGGUGCUGUUCUCGUAGCUUAUAUUGAGCCUGUAGCUGGAGGUAGUGGGAUACCCCAAGUAAAAUGUUAUCUUAAUGGCAUAAAAAUGCCAAGAUUAGUAAGAAUUAAAACUCUAAUAGUCAAGGUGAUUGGUGUGAUUUCUACAGUUGUUGGUGGUCUUGCUGGAGGAAAGGAAGGACCAAUGAUCCAUGCAGGUGCUGUAGUUGCUGCUGGUAUUUCCCAGGGUAAAAGCACUUCUCUGAAAUCAGAUUGCAAGAUUUUGGGUUACUUCAGAGAAGACCACGAAAAAAGAGAUUUUGUCUCUGGUGGUGCUGCUGCAGGCGUAGCAGCAGCAUUUGGAGCUCCUGUGGGUGGUGUUUUGUUUAGUUUAGAAGAAGGAAGCAGUUUUUGGAACCAGAGCUUAACUUGGAGGAUAUUUUUUGCCUCUUCUAUUUCCACAUUUACAUUGAAUAUUAUUUUGAGCGCUUAUCAUGGAAGACCAGGAGAGCUUGCUUAUUAUGGAUUACUUAAUUUUGGCCAUUUUGAAUCAUUAGAUUAUCAACUUUUUGAAUUGGCUCUCUUUGCUUUGAUGGGUGUUAUUGGGGGUAUUUUAGGAUCAGUAUAUACAUUUAUUAACUAUAGGCUCACAGUUUUCAGAUUAAGAUAUAUUAACAGCCAAUGGCUGAAGGUAGUAGAAGCAUGUUUGGUCGCUGCAGUUAGCGCUACUGUUGGGUUACUCAUGAUAUACCUACUGAAUGACUGUCGACCAUUAGGUCAAGACCCCACAAAAUUCCCUAUCCAGAUGUACUGUAAUGAUGGUGAAUAUAAUUCAGCUGCUGCAAUUUGGUUGCAAGUCCCUGAAGCUAGUGUUCGUUCUUUGUUUCAUGAUCCACCUGCAUCACAUAAAUUAUCAACUCUAGUUAUAUUCAUGGUUGUGUAUUUGGGAUUGUCUAUAUGGACUUACGGUUUGAGUAUGUCUGCAGGAAUUUUCAUACCUUGUCUUCUGACAGGGGCAGCUUGGGGAAGAGUCAUAGGAAUACUCAUUUCCUUGAUGCUACCAAAUGCCAGUUGGGUCGAUCCCGGAAAGUAUGCAUUAGUAGGAGCAGCUGCACAACUUGGAGGAGUUGUAAGGAUGACAAUAAGUUUAACAAUUAUCUUGAUUGAAGCAACUGGCAAUAUUAACUUUGGACUACCAUUAAUGAUAACACUAAUGACAGCUAAAUGGGUUGGUGAAUACUUCUGUGAGGGAUUCUAUGAUAUACACAUUCAGCUGGCUGGAGUACCCUUGUUAGCAUGGGACCCUCCUCCUUUAUCUUCAUCAUUUACUGCUAACAAAGUAAUGAGCUACCCAGUAGUUACUUUACCACCUACUGUAAACGUGAGAACAAUUGUAAAUAUUUUGACAAGUGUCACGUUCAAUGGUUUUCCUAUCGUAGAGGAAACUAAAAGUAAAUAUCACAGAUCUUCUGGGGCUUGUUUUAAAUCUGCUGGCCGGUUGAGAGGACUCAUUUUACGAUCUCAGUUACUAGUCCUUCUGAAAAGACGAAUUCAUGUUCAGCAAGGGGUUGUCCCAGAAAUUACAAUUAAAGAUUUUAGAGAAGAGUAUCCAAGUUAUUGUGAAAUAAAGGAUAUAUAUAUACCAGAAGAAGAGAUGGACUGUAAAAUAGAUUUAACACCAUAUAUGAAUCCAUCUCCUUACACAGUUCAGCACGUGGCAUCAUUACCAAGGAUGUUUAGACUAUUUCGAGCUCUUGGUUUAAGACACUUAAUUGUUGUAAAUGAAACAAAUGAAGUGAUUGGAAUGGUUACCAGAAAGGAUUUGGCGAGAUAUAGAAUAGCGAAACAUUCCGGACAAGUAAACAUGGAAGAAUUGAAUUUUUCAGACCGACUUUAAUUAACCGAAAGUAUUCUAAUUUUUAAUCUGUGAUUUUUAUACAAUGUUAUAUGGUGUUUAUAUAGACAUUUUAUGUAAUGUAAUUGUUUUUAUAUAAUGUUUUUACAUAUAGACAACUUGAAUUACUUAUAUGUUCUGU